ACGGAGCUGCAGGAGGAGGGAGACCGCGUCUGACAACACAGAGGAAAUUGCUUUCACUUCUCUUUUCUCCAUUUGGGUGGAGCCCUCCAGAGGGGGUUGGUUCACAGACUUCCUGCUCAGGGCUGGACAGCCACAUUGGACCCAGGUUGGGAGAGGGGGACCGGAGGUAUCGGAAGCCAGGCAGGUCCCGGGACCGAAAGAUGGCCUGUGGAGGUGGCAACCUCAUCGCCAGGAUGUCUGCAGUAAACCAGAAUAUAGACAGAACACUUGUCUGUGAGAUUGCCCUCAAGCACUUCAAAAAAUAUAAAGUGGAGAUUUCAGAUGCAAUAGAAACGACAUUUCCUUUCUUGGAAAUUCUCCGUGACCGUGGAUUCAUCACCAAUAAAAUAUAUGAAGAUUCUCAAGAUUCUUGUAGAAACCUGGUCCCUGUACAAAGAGUGGUGUACGGCGUUCUCAGUGAAGUGGAGAAGACAUUUGACCUGUCACUUCUGGAAACAUUGUUCAGCGAUGUCAUCAUGAAGAGCUACCCUGCUUUAAACCGCAUUUAUGAAAGCUUCAAAGCUGUGAUCCAACAGGGAACUUGUCAAGAGAGCGAUGAAAAAGAAAGGAAGGAGAACUUGAAUACUCCAAAAAGCCUUGAACAAGGAACUGGUGAAAACUACCUGACUUGGAUCAGCACAAAUGCCUCACAUUACGAUGAAUCAAGCGAGAAAGAGCUCCAAGAAGCCAACUGCUCAAGACCCCAGAUGGUACCAGAGCCCAUAGAUUUGAGAAAAUCGCUUACACCUGGGAAAAGACUUUGUAAAACAAUAAGAAGACGUGGAGACUCUUCAGAGUCCAGUGUGAAAAAUGAGCAUCCCGGAGCCUGGAGCCCUGAGCUGAGAAGUGAUCCUGAUGAGAAGGGUAAGGACCGCCAUCUCUGGGCCCCAGGACAUCUGGAGUCUGAGUUCAGGGCUCCUGUUUUUCUGAGCACACAUCACAGCCCAGGAGCCAUUCUCUGCAUCCAUCCCCUAUUCCUUUGUCAACAAAGCAAGCGGGUAAGAGGAAGACUAGAUAAUCUAGUUACCCAAUCUCCCCACUAUGACCUUCAAAGGACAUUUGCUCCUUCUACAGUAAGAAGACGUGGAGACUCUUCAGAGUCCAGUGUGAAAAAUGAGCAUCCCGGAGCCUGGAGCCCUGAGCUGAGAAGUGAUCCUGAUGAGAAGGGGACCGUGAAUCUUGAAAAGAACUCUACAUUAGGAAAAUCCAAGGGGAAAAGAAACACUGUGGAUCUUGGAAACAACUCUAUCUUAGGAAAACGCAUAAGAAAAAGAAGGUUAAAAGUGAACACAAAUGAAAGUGUGAAUUUUCAGUCUGAAAUACUUCCCGUGACCUGUGGUACAGUGAAGGGGAUGUUAUAUAAGAACAAACUGAAACAAGGAGCCAUCGUGAAGAGUAUACAGAGCGAGGAUGGGAACUGGUUCACCCCCAGGGAAUUUGAAGUUAAAGGGGGCUAUGAAAAGUCAAGUAACUGGAAGCUGAGUGUGCGCUGCGGUGGGAAGACCCUAAAACGGCUGAUGGAGGUUGGAUUCCUGCCUAACCCUCCGAGAUUAUAUAACAGGAAAAAGAAGAUCCCUCCUCCUGGACUUCAUCGCACCCCACAGUUUCUUCUGAAACCACUCCCUGACGUCCAUUCAAAGGUCAAGGAGGAGCACACAAGUGUCCGUGCAAGUUCACAAAGUGCUCAGAGAAACUCAGAUGUAUGUGAGGUCUGCCAUGAUGGAGGAAAGCUGUUUUGUUGCGACACUUGUUCAAGAUCCUUUCAUGAGGACUGUCACCUGCCACCUGUGGAAACUAAGAGGAGCCCGUGGAGUUGCAUCUUCUGCAGGAUGAAGCCAUAUUUAGGAUGUCAGAAGUGUCACAGGGAAUCUGAGGUCCUGACGAGGCAGAUGGGGCCUGAGGAGCAGUUGAAAUGUGAGUUCCUCCUCGUGAAUGUCUAUUGCCAUUCAGUGAUGAACGUUUUUGAGAAGAUUCCACAUGAUAAUUAUAGAAAAGAGACUUCUCAGUGCGUGGGGGAACUUAUGAUAUUGAACGAUAUCAAGAAAAAGCUAAAUAAGCGAAGUUACUUCAAAGUGGGGAUGUUUGUGCGGGACAUGCGCCUCAUCUUUCGGAGCCACAGGGCAUCUUACAAAUGCAGUGACUUUGUCCUAAUGAAAAUUAGACUGGAGAAAGAAUUCGAGAAGAAUUUCAAAGAAGUGUUUGCUAUUUGGGAAACAAAUGAGAAAAGUUCUUAGUGAAUGCUGUUGGUACCCUGGAAAACCCCCUUUGAAGG